AUGGCCGGCGCCCGGAGCCUGCUGCUGCUGCUCGUCCUCCUCCUCGUGCUCCAGAGCGGCUGCCUGGGCUUCCGGAGCCCCCUCCCCGUCUUCAAGAGGUUUAAAGAAACUACCAGAUCAAUUUCCAAUGAAUGUCUUGGUACCUCCCGACCAGUAACUCCUAUCGAUUCAUCUGAUUUUGCAUUGGACAUUCGAAUGCCUGGGGUUACACCUAAACAGUCUGAUACAUACUUCUGCAUGUCAAUGCGUUUGCCAACGGAUGAGGAAGCCUUCGUGAUUGACUUCAAACCUCGUGCCAGCAUGGAUACUGUCCAUCAUAUGUUACUUUUUGGAUGUAACAUGCCUUCGUCCACGGGAAGUUACUGGUUUUGUGAUGAAGGAACCUGCACAGACAAGGCCAACAUCCUGUAUGCCUGGGCAAGGAAUGCGCCCCCUACCAGACUCCCCAAAGGUGUUGGAUUCAGAGUUGGAGGAGAGACUGGAAGUAAAUACUUCGUACUACAAGUACACUAUGGGGACAUUAGUGCAUUUAGAGAUAAUCACAAGGACUGUUCUGGUGUGUCCUUACAUCUCACACGCCUGCCACAGCCCUUAAUUGCUGGCAUGUACCUUAUGAUGUCUGUUGACACUGUUAUACCAGCAGGAGAGAAAGUGGUGAAUUCUGACAUUUCAUGUCAUUAUAAUAAUUAUCCAAUGCAUGUCUUUGCCUAUAGAGUUCACACUCAUCAUUUAGGUAAGGUAGUAAGUGGAUACAGAGUAAGAAAUGGACAGUGGGCGCUGAUUGGACGCCAGAGCCCCCAACUGCCACAGGCUUUCUACCCUGUGGAGCACCCAGUAGAUGUAAGUUUCGGUGACAUAUUAGCAGCAAGAUGUGUAUUCACUGGUGAAGGAAGGACAGAAGCCACCCACAUUGGUGGCACAUCUAAUGAUGAAAUGUGCAACUUAUACAUUAUGUAUUACAUGGAAGCCAAGCAUGCAGUUUCCUUCAUGACCUGUACACAGAAUGUAGCUCCUGAUAUGUUCAGAAACAUACCACCAGAGGCCAAUAUUCCAAUUCCUGUGAAGUCUGAUAUGGUUAUGAUGCAUGGACAUCACAGAGAAACAGAGAACAAAGAUAAGACUUCUUUAAUUCAGCAGCCGAAACAAGAAGAAGUGUUAGGACAGGGUGAUUUCUAUUCACUGCUUUCCAAGCUGCUAGGAGAAAGGGAAGAUGUUGUUCAUGUGCAUAAAUACAAUCCUACCGAAAAGGCAGAAUCAGAGGCAGACCUGGUAGCUGAAAUUGCAAAUGUAGUCCAAAAGAAGGACCUUGGUCGAUCUAAUACAAGAGAGAGUGCAGAGCAUGAGGAGAGGGCCAAUGCUAUUCUUGUCAGAGACAGAAUUCACAAGUUUCACAGACUAGAAUCUACUCUGAGGCCAGCAGAGAGCAGAGUUUCCUCAGUACUGCAGCCCCUACCUGGUGAAGGCACCUGGGAAUCAGAACACACAGGAGAUUUCCAUGUAGAAGAGGCACUAGAUUGGCCUGGCGUAUACUUGUUACCAGGCCAGGUUUCGGGGGUGGCCGUGGACCCUAAGAAAAACCUGGUGAUUUUCCACAGAGGUGACCAUGUCUGGGAUGGAAACUCUUUUGACAGCAAGUUUGUUUACCAGCAAAGAGGACUUGGGCCAAUUGAAGAAGACACUAUUCUUGUCAUCGAUCCAAAUACUGCUGCAGUUCUCCAAUCCAGUGGGAAAAAUCUGUUUUACUUGCCACACGGCUUGAGUGUGGAUAAAGAUGGAAAUUACUGGGUCACUGACGUGGCUCUGCAUCAGGUGUUCAAACUGGAUCCAAACAGCAAGACAGGCCCUCUGCUAACCCUGGGAAGGAGCAUGCAACCAGGCAGUGACCAGAAUCACUUCUGUCAACCCACCGAUGUGGCUGUGGAUCCCGACACCGGAGCCAUCUAUGUGUCAGACGGUUACUGCAACAGUCGGAUUGUGCAGUUUUCUCCAAGUGGGAAGUUCAUCACACAGUGGGGAGAAGAAUCUUCAGGGAGCAAUCCCCAACCAGGCCAGUUUACUGUUCCUCACAGCUUGGCCCUUGUGCCUCAUUUGGGUCAAUUAUGUGUGGCAGACAGGGAAAAUGGUCGGAUCCAGUGUUUUAAAACUGACACCAAAGAAUUCGUGCGAGAGAUUAAGCAUGCAUCAUUUGGAAGAAAUGUAUUUGCAAUUUCAUAUAUACCAGGUUUGCUCUUUGUGGUGAAUGGGAAGCCUCACUUUGGGGAUCAAGAACCAGUGCAAGGAUUUGUGAUGAACUUUUCCAGUGGGGAAAUUAUAGACGUCUUCAAGCCAGUGCGCAAGCACUUCGACAUGCCUCAUGACAUCACUGCCGAUGAGGAUGGGACUGUGUACGUUGGAGAUGCUCACACCAACACCGUGUGGAAGUUCAUCACAACUGAAAAAAUGGAACAUCGGUCAGUGAAGAAGGCUGGCAUUGAGGUCCAGGAAACCAAAGAAUCCGAGGCAGUUGUUGACACCAAAGUGGAGAACAAACCCGCCUCCUCAGAAUUGCAGAAGCUGCAAGAGAAACAGAAACUGAUCAAAGAGCCAGACUCCGGAGUGCCUGUUGUUCUCAUUACAACCCUUCUGGUUAUUCCGGUGGUGGUCCUGCUGGCCACUGCCAUGUUUAUUCGGUGGAAAAAGUCAAGGGCCUUUGGAGAUUCUGAACAUAAACUCGAGUCAAGUUCAGGAAGAUUGCUGGGAAAACUUAGAGGGAAGGGAAGUGGAGGCUUAAACCUUGGAAAUUUCUUUGCGAGCCGUAAAGGCUACAGUCGAAAAGGGUUUGACCGCCUGAGCACCGAGGGCAGCGACCAAGAGAAAGAUGAAGAUGAUGGGAGUGAAUCGGAAGAGGAGUAUUCGGCACCGCUGCCCCCGCCCGCACCACCCUCCUCCUGA